AUGACUCUCAUCAGCUCUCUUCUCCAUUGCCACCAUGCCAUCAGGCACUCAGGUGAAUCUGAUGGGACACGUAAAUCGAAAACCAAUAACGAUGAUGCUUCCAUUACUAUCGCACACAUCGACCAUCUGUUUGAUAGUUUUGAUGGUGUCGUAGGUAAUCACGAGCAUGUCGAUCCGUCUACAGUGAAACGAACGCCACUUCCGGUCCGUGCCGAGAAAGAGCUGUCGGUUCGCAUCUCGCAAUCAUUCUUUGAUUUCCGUCCAAGCCGCAGUGUCGUAGACUUGCAAUCGGUGGACUGGACCGUACAUUGGAAUACCAAAAUGACUGGCAUCGAUACCGAUGCCAUCGCGGUCAACGAGUUUCCUUUCGAUUUCGAUAGUAGCCCCACACGUCUAUCUGCACCUCAUGCGGAGCGACACUCUGUCACUCUACCCAUCCCUCAGAACUUGAGAGAUUCAUUGCAUGCACUUUGCGGGCAACAGGGGUUGAAUCCGUCCAAUUUCAUUGCGGCCGCAUUCGGUCUUCUUAUAUGCAAACAUACGAACACUAAAGAUGCCGUUAUUGGUGUGCUACCCGAAGCAGGACUGAUACCGGUACCACUUCGGUUGUUGCUCGACACGAAGAUGGUCGGAACUCCUUCCGUGGAGGCCUUGUCUCUCGUUCAAAAGGUGGAGGCCGAAAUGGAUUUUAUUAACAGACAUACCCGUAAAUACCGUGAUACCGAAGCGGUUCAGAAGGUACUAGAUGCGGCGCUUGAAACAUCCGAAUUGGAGGCCGACUUUUAUCGUAUUUUAGUCUCCGCAAGCAAUCGUUCUGAAGCUGUAAAUAGUUUUAAGGAUGUAAUCGAUCUAGCAUUGUCCUUCACCGAUGAGAACCACACUUCGUUGUCAUGGACGUACAACGAUGAAUUGUUCCUGCCCAGUACAAUCAAUUUCAUCCACGAUCGCAUGAUCACUGUACUGAACACUAUUUGUAAAGUAGAGGGUUACCAACCUUUGGAUGGAACUGUGGAAACUCUUUUCGAUGCCAUCAAGAUCACAUCGGCAGAAGAAGAUCGCAUUUUGGCCCAAUUCUCAAAAGGAAAGCAACGAUAUGUACCUAUGGCAGAAGGAUUACACAAACUAUUUGAACAGCAAGUCGGUCGGGUAGGUCAUAAAGUCGCAGUGUCCGAUGAGCAGCGAAAAUCCCUCACAUACGCAGACCUCAACUCUCAAGCUGACAUACUGUCAAAGAUGCUAUGCGCCCUGCCAAUGAUGCGGUCAGAAUUUGCCGACGAGCGCCGAGUAGCCAUCAUGAUACCAAGAUCACUCACAUUGUUCGUCGCUCUGAUUGCUGUUCUAAAAGCGGGUGCCGCUUACGUGCCUAUCGAUCCUACCUACUCAGCACAGCGUAUCGCAUACAUUCUGGAAGAUUCGGGAGCAGAUGUGUUGAUAACAGUUGCGAGCACACGAUCUCUGGUGCCUGUAGAUUUCUGCGGCUCGGAAUGCAUGUUACCAAAUGUAGCAAUCGAACCUCUCGAAACUAAACCGGAACUGGCUCGCAUAAACAUGCCAAAAUCCACUCCAGACAAACUUUUCUGUGUGCUAUACACGUCAGGUACUACUGGUAAGCCCAAAGGUGUCGGGGUGGAGCACCAUAACGCCCUGACUUUCAUGGCCAACUCUUUGUGGGAUCCAAUCGGUGAAAACGAUGUUUGGGCUCAAAUGGCCAACUUCUGCUUCAUCGGCUCCAUGAAUGAUAUCUGGCUACCAUUGGUGAGAGGAGCUUCUACGACCAUUGUGCCUCGGGCAGCCAUGAUGGAUGUCCAGGAGUUUAAACGUGAGAUUUAUGAGCGUGGUGUGACUUGCACGUUUAUGACUCCAAAGCUUCUCGAACUAUUCGCCGAUGCCGAUCCGGCGGCCUUCGAAGGCCUCAAUGUGGUGCAAGUGGCCGGAGAAGCUGUUCGCUUGGAUGCUGUUUCUAAACUUGCCGGCAGAGCUAAGCAUCUUCAACAUCUAUACGGUUGUACAGAGCGAACUGGCUGCAUCUCUGGGUAUGAAAUUCCCACCGGAGGGCUACCUGACGCACUUCAAAGAGGCAAACGCAUGAGUAUCGGAAUGCCAAUUGAGAAUACUAGCAUGCAUAUUCUGGAUGCCAACAUGAUGUCUGUGCCCGUUGGCGUUGUUGGGCAGCUUUACGUAGGUGGGGAUCAAAUUACCAGAGGGUAUCUUAACAGACGGGAUUUGACCGAAGCUAAAUUCUUCGAAUGUCCUAGAGGACGAGGGCGUUUGUAUUCUACUGGCGACCUCGCUCGCUGGCUACCUGAUGGAAGCGGUGUUGACUUGAUCGGCCGUACCGAUAGCAUGGUCAAAAUCCAGGGCUACCGUGUCGAAUUAGGCGAAAUUGAAGCAGCCAUCAUGAACACAAAACCCAAGGAUGGUCCCGGUAUUACUACAAGUUGUGUGAUAUUGCGGGGCGAUAUCAUACUUGGAGAACAGGUUCUUGUUGCCUAUGUGACACCAGCGUCGGUCAGUGUGAAGGAUGUACGCGCGCAUCUUAUAACCACACUUCCUGCAUAUAUGGUACCAGCUCACCUGAUGCCGAUCGCUAGCAUUCCUCUAAAUCACAAUGGCAAGGUGGAUCGCCGAGCGCUACCCAAACCCAAUGGAAACGACGCAAUCCACACCCCAAUCGCAACCAGAGCUUUAACAGAAUCUGAGACUGUGGUUGUGAAGAGUUGGAGUGAAUUGAUUGGCAUACCAGUGACAUGCAUUGCCAGCCAUAGCGUAUUUACGGAAUUUGGCGGUAACUCGAUGAGAAUUGCAAAACUCCUCAGUAUAUUGCGAAAAUACUGUAAAGCACUGGAACUGAGUGAUUUACUCGAUAAUGAUACACCUGAAAAAAUCGCUAAUCGUGUGGACGAAAUUUUUACGAAUAAUAUCGAUUAUGUCCAGCUUCCUGAGACAAUUCUCAAGUUUAGCGCUGGAGAUGGGUCUGGAGCCACCCCAGUAUUUCUAAUCCAUGGGGGUAGUGGUGUGGUAGAUUACGGAGCACAGAUUGGGCAGUUCGUCAAAAAACAUCCAUAUUACGGAAUCCAGCUCACUCAAGCAGUAGCGGCGGUAUGUAAAGAGGCCGAAGCCAACGGCUACGACGUCUUGCACGCAGUGUCCAGUGCAUACGUUGGGUCUGUGCGGGCAGUACAAGCGCACGGUCCGUACUCCUUCGCUGGGAAUUCGCUCGGUGCCCUUAUCGCCUUCGAGAUGACACGAAUACUCGAGGACGAUGGUGAGGUCGUCGAGAGAAUUGUCCCCAUGGAUAUGCCCGUGGCUAAGUUUAGCAAGGCUCACUGCUACCGCACCGCCACAUCGUACGCUGAGAAGGCUCCCAUGCUUCUGACUGCUGUAUGGGGACGCAUGUUGUGUGAUGACACUGAACGGGUCGAUAAACUGUUGGCGGAGAUGGAUGCCACUUUCUCACAACGCCUGGAGAACAACAAAGAUGACCCGGCAAGCGCCGAGGAAAUGUUCACCCAGAUGGAAUCAACCAUGAAAUUCCUCUUGGACUUAGGUAUGCCUCGAGAGGAGUACGACCGAGUAGUGUUUGGACUCUCCAUCUGCGGACCCUUGUUCCAGGAUCUGAGAGGCCGGGGUACAGUGAAGGCCGAUGUAAGUCUGAUCAAAUGCGAAGACAAUCGGCUUAUGAAUCACACACUGCGCACCUCGGGUCAACAGGACAUGCUGCAAUUCUAUGGAUGGGACCAGGUGACUACUGGUACGGUGACCACUAAUGUGGUACCGGGUGAUCAUGUGGAUAUGGUGUCUGUGGGCAUGAAGGAGUGUGCCCAGGUGUUCGAUGAUUGCUAGAUCACUCAAUGCACACGCGCAUUUUUAGAAUUUAUUGAAUACCAAUUUUCUGGCAACUAAGGACUAUCUCACAAGGA